AUGAGACGUGUCUCGAAAGUCGAACGUUAUCCUCAGAACACUCGACCAACGAAUAAACUAACAAAAAAAGAUAUGUCAGAAGUUUCAAAGUGGCCAGCUAUUAACCCAUUUCAUUGGGGGUACAACGGUACAGUUUCACAUGUCGUUGGUGAAAAUGGUUCUGCGAAGUUGAGUUUGAAGAACGAUAAGCAGCAAGUCGAAUUUAAUACGUUUGUUAAUGAAUACGUCCCGAUUCUGAGAAACGGGGCCCACUAUAAACUAAGUCCUUACUUGUUCACAGGUAUUUUACAAACUCUAUACUUGAACGCUGCUGAUUUAUCGAAGAAGUUUCCUGUCUUUUAUGGUAGGGAAAUCGUCGAGUUCUCGGAUGGCGGUGUCUGUACUGCUGAUUGGGUCAUGAAUUCCUGGGAAAAGGAAUAUAAUUUCGACCAAAACACUAUGAAAUUUGAUACGAAGAAGUUUGGUCUCGACGAGAAGGCGACGCACCCAGAGGGAUGGCCUCGUUUACAACCACGUACGAGGUACCUGAGAGACGAAGAGUUGGAAGAGCAAAGGAAAGUAGAUCUUCCCCUAGUUGUUGUCCUCCAUGGUCUUGCCGGAGGCAGUCAUGAACCAAUCAUAAGAUCUCUAACUGAGAACUUGUCUCGUAUCAGUAACGGGAAAUUCCAAGUCGUGGUGCUAAACACGAGGGGCUGCGCGCGUUCUAAAAUCACCACUAAAAACUUAUUCACAGCUUACCACACUAUGGAUAUUCGUGAGUUCUUGCAAAGAGAAAAAGAAAGAUAUCCAAACAGAAAAUUAUACACCGUAGGAUGCUCUUUCGGGGCUACCAUGUUAGCAAACUAUUUGGGUGAAGAAGGUGACAAAUCGCCUUUAUCUGCUGCUGUUACAUUAUGUAAUCCAUGGGAUCUUCUUCUUUCGGCACUUAGAAUGACUGAAGACUGGUGGUCAAAAACCUUGUUCUCUAGAAAUAUUGCCCAAUUUUUAACUAGAACUGUUCAAGUUAACAUGGGCGAAUUAGGUGUUCCAAACGGUUCUAGUCCUGACCAUACACCUACGACUCAAAAUCCAUCUUACUAUAAAUUCACACCCGAGAAUUUGGAAAAGGCGAAACGCUUUAAGUCGAGUCUUGAAUUCGAUGAGCUGUACACUGCACCAGCUUUGGGAUUCCCAAAUGCUAUGGAAUAUUAUAGAGCAGCCAGUUCAAUUAACAGGGCUGAUAAAAUCAAAGUUCCUACUUUAGUAAUCAAUUCCAGAGAUGAUCCUGUUGUAGGCCCCGACCAACCUUAUUCAUUUGUGGAAAAGAACCCUAAUAUUCUAUUCUGUAGAACUGACCUAGGUGGCCAUUUAGCUUACCUAGACAGCAACAACGAUUCGUGGGUUACGAAGGCGAUUUCCGAAUUCUUGAAUAAGUUCGAGGAAUUAGUUUUAUGA